GCACCUCUGGGGAGCAGCAGCAGUGCCUCUGUUGCUCUCAGGUGUCUCACCAUGUGGUUUUUCAGGAGAAGGCUUCCUAAAAUUCCCAGAGCCUUCAUUUGGCUCUUUGUUUUAAUAAACUUUUGCAUUUUCAUUGCUAAUUUGAACUUCUCGUUUGGCUUGUCAAAGACAAGGAUUAUAAGGCAAUUGAACGUUUUCCAGCAUGCCCCAGAUGUGCUACAAAUGGACACCCAAGAGCAACAGGGUCUCAACUAUUCUGAUAAUGGGAACUCAAGGAGUGUUCUAAAGGUGAUUUUGGGGAUCACAAAACUCAAACAAGAUACGGUUGAGAGGACACAAAAAUGGGAAGGAAAGGAGGAGCAGAAGAAAACGAUGAAACCAGUUGCCAGAGUGGAAGAAGCCAAGGAGAACGUGACUGUGAAACCACCUGCCAGGUUGGAGGAAAUCAAGAAGACAACAGUGAAAACAGUCCCUGGGGUACAGGGAAACAAGGAGAAGACAACAGUGAGACCAGCCUCAGGGGUGGAAGAAGCCAAGGAAAAGACAAUAGUGAAACUACUUCCCAGGGUGGAGGGAGCCAAGGAGAAGACAACAGUGAAACCAUCCUCUGGGGUGAAGGGAGCUCAUGAAAACAACGUAUCCAAAGACCAAACAAAGCCAAAAGAACCUCCUGCACCGGUGAAAACUGUAACCUCUGUUCCUCGGGUUGCUGCAGUGACAGAAAAGAAGAAACUGAGGGCUGCUGACUUCACGUCUGAGCCACGGUGGGACUUUGAGGACAAGUACCUGCUGGACAACUCAUCUCCGUCAUCGACUUGCUCUGAAUCGGUGAAGGCCAAAGCUGCCAAGUCUGACUGGCUGCGGGAUCUUUUCCUGUCCAACAUCAUGCUCUUCACAGACAAGAGAUACUUCAAUGACAGCGAGUGGAACCGCCUGGAGCAUUUUGCACCUCCCUAUGGCUUCAUGGAACUGAAUUAUUCACUAGUGAAAGAGGUCAUGUCCCUGCUGCCCCCAAAACCCCACCAGCAGCUGCUCCUGGCCAACAGCAACAGCAGCACACCGACAUGCAUCAGCUGUGCUGUCGUGGGGAACGGAGGAAUAUUGAAUAACUCUGGGAUGGGCCAGGAGAUUGACUCCCAUGACUACGUCUUCAGGGUGAGCGGGGCUGUAAUCAAAGGUUACGAAAAAGACGUGGGAACAAAAACCUCCUUUUAUGGAUUCACGGCCUUCUCUCUGGUGUCCUCUCUCCAGAUCUUGGGACACAGAGGAUUCAGCAACAUUCCACGGGAAAAACACGUCAGAUACAUUCACUUCCUAGAGGGAGCUAGAGACUACGAGUGGCUGAAGGCUCUUCUGCUGAACAAGAACAUCAGGGAAGGAUUCUUGAACGAGGGGAGGCCUCGGGAGAGAUUCGAUGAAGAUUUCACCAUGGACAGAUACCUGGUGGUUCACCCUGAUUUCCUCAGAUACAUGAAAAACAGGUUUUUAAAAUCUAAAACUCUGGAAAAGCCCUACUGGCGGCUGUACAGGCCAACAACAGGGGCUUUCCUGCUGCUGACUGCCCUCCAUCUCUGUGACCGGGUGAGUGCCUAUGGCUACAUCACAGAGGGUCACGAGAAGUACUCGGAUCACUACUAUGACAAGGACUGGAAACGUCUGAUUUUCUACACUAACCACGACUUCAACCUGGAGAAGCAGGUGUGGAAAAAGCUUCACGACGAGAAUAUCAUGAAGCUUUACCAGAGGCCAUGAUUGCAUGGGCAAGGGCCACUGCCUGGGAAAUUGCAACACUGUCAUUGGGAAUGGAAGAGGACCACCAGAGCCAAGGUUAGCUCUGGACUUCAGGCACAUUUCAUCCCAUAAAGAUAUUUCCCUCUUUCAGCACCUUUAUUCUCUCACAAUGUUUCUACAAAUGUGCAAAUGCUACAGACCAGGAGAAGAACAGCAAGAAAAUGCAGCACGGCA